AUGGAAGCAGGCAAAAGCUCUGAAGAAGACCUCAGAGAGUUGGAGGAGGUCCUGAAGAUCUUCAGGCCAGAAAGCAUUCGGACAAGGCUUCUGCUCUCGAAGGGUCUGCCAAAAGUGGAAGAGAAGACUGAUUUAAGCCAUUAUCUCUCAGAAGAACCGCAGGAGCAGUCUCAAACUGCUGCAUGCACGUCCUUUGAGGCUGCUAUUUCAAGCUUUCCCGAUGGAAGAUCCGACGCUGAUUUGACUGCAGAACUAGCCUUCGAGCCAGUGACACCAGCAGCUUUAGCUCCACCUCCGUUCAUCUUGGGCGACGAGAAUCUGCCAGAAGAGCUCGCUGCAGGACAGGUGGAAGCCAUUUCUGAGGGUUUGGAAGAGCAGAAUUUGGAGACCCCUAGUCUAAGAAGGCCCUCUCAGACAUACUCUCGAGCACAGUUGCAGGCCCUCAAGGACUCCUCAGAUGCUGGGAACAACUCAAGGACGAUCCUGGGCGCGGUGGAUAGGGCCAGGCUGGGAAAGUCAAACCACCCUGUGACGCCUGCCUUUAUGGAAAGACUCCGGCGCAACGAAGGCGCUAGGUCCAACGCUAGCGCGCAGGAUCCGCAGGGAGGCUUUGUCAGAGGCAACAGCUUCGAAGCUUCUAGGAGCACUGCUAGCACGCAGAUUCUGCAGGGAAGCUUUGGCAGAGGCAACAGCUUCGAAGUUGCUCGAAGACCGUUCAACAAGAGGGUUGCAGGUACAUCUGAUGCGCAGCAGGGUUCUUGGCUUCGACGUCCAGAGGAAGCCAUUGGGCAGAACAACGGCAUACUUGGCCUUUCUCCCAGCGAUCACUUCAAGCCAGCACGUCUCGACAUCCCAAGCCAGCCCACAUUCGCGGACGAUGACGGAGGAGACUUUGCCGAUCGCGUACGGUACUUGAAGCGACGAAACACCAAGGAAGACAGCGGCCAGUUCAAGACAGGGGGUCCUGCAGUUGGCCAGGGUGUGGACAGCCCCAGCAAAACCCUAGCCGGCAUCGAAUUGGGGGCUCUUGACUCUUUCUUGGAGAACGGCGCUGCUCUGAUGAACGCCUUUGCGACUCCCCUCUGUCAGUCUCCUCAAAAUUCUGCGCGAGAGGCCCCCGAAGCCAUCGGAGGAGACUCUUUCUUGGAAAAGAAUACCGGGCAAAGCAGAGCAAGCGGCCAGACCGGUUCGAUCGAUAUCUUUCCCCAGAGUGGCUCUGGAAAUGCGGCCACCAGGCAGUUCAACUUCCAACCGGAGCAAGGCGCACUUUCUCAGCAUUCAAGUUUCUCGGCAGGGCGGCUCCCGUCCAAAGGCGAAACAGCAAGCGACACAGGGGCAAGCAGCGGUGCCGGAAUUGCAGCAGAGCCAGAAACAGGGUUCGGAGUUUCGGAGGAGCCUGAGGAGCCUGCCGCUGGCGAAGGGGUGCAGAAGCCCGCGGAAUCAAACGGCUCAGAUGACGCCCUGGAGGAGCUGCUCCGACAGAUGGAGAAGAAUUGGAAGACGGAGCGCCCAACGCAGGCAGAGUCUGGCUGCGACCUGGCGCGCGCAGGCAGUCUGUUGGGAGGUCUCGUCCAGGAAGAGACGACGGUUCUCAGCUUCAAGGCGGUGCGUGCGUCGGCGGUGGGCCGGUCGGUGUCCCCGAGCACCGCCAGUUUUGCGAGCGAGGCGGGCAGCGCAGAGCCGCAGGACUACCUGUCAGAGCUCGACGUGGGCACUUCGGAGUCCUCUCCAAUACGAGGGCAGGAGAUCCUGCGCGCUUUUGGCAGCGGAAGCUUCGCGACGGGCUGGGGGCUGGAGACCCAGGGGGUGACGUCAGAGUCAGAGGUUGAGCCGGAGCCGAACACGCUGGUUGCAGAGGGAAGUGCGUCGAGACCUGAGGGUGCAAGAACCGAGGGCGACCGGAAGACAGGGAUUUUGGCGGUUGAAGAAUCACGAUCAGAGGAGAGACCAAGAUCGAGCCCCCUGAAGCGUCCGAGAAGUCCAUCCCCAGAGCGAGGAGUCGGAGGUAUCCGGGCAUUUGCGUCCGAGCUUUUGCUCUCGGCUGACACGAACCGCGAGAAGCUGCCGGCAGUUCUUUCCCCCGGAACUUCUCUACCCGAAGGCCAGGAAACGGAGGAGAAGCCCGUCGGAAAAUUGGCUCCAGAAGCCAGGCUUGACAACUCUUUGCCUCAGCCUGUCCAAGCUGCUUUCGGGGGAAGCUUGACGAGAGAACUCGGAGAGGAGCAAAGAGCAGACGGUCUGCUGGGGGGUUCGGUCAUCAAAGAAGCGCCGCCCCCUUUCGUCUUCGGGGAAUCAGCUGCAACCGGAAAGCAGAGAGAAGGAGCUGAGGGAUCGGGGUUGGAUUUGACUCUCGCAGCCUGGAAGAAGGAUCCGGAAGACCCCCUGUCUUUCCCUGCUGGUGAGGGGCGGGAAGAUGAGUCAGCGCAGGAUGCGGAAGAAGACUCCCAUGCUGAGAAGGGGUGGGUUUCGACUGGAGAAGGCUCGGCAGCGGGGCCGGAGGUUGCCCAAGAUACAAGUGUCCCGUCUUCCGAAGUUGUGCAGCAAGUCCCGGCUUCACCGAGCAAGCACGUAAAGAGUGCUGUCGAAGCUGUGUCGCAAGCUGGGGAGUCAGAAGAAGGAGAAGGAGAUAGUCGAAACCCAAGUGGCGAGAAGCUCGAGAAGCCGGGGCCAGAAGCAGACCCAAACCCUGCCGUGCCAGAAGGAAACAAAGGGCCAGCUUUGACUCUGGAAGAAGAAUUAAAGCCGACAGAGCAAAAGGAAAUCCUAGCUUCCAGCGCAGUCAAGGUUGAAGAAGAGCAGCUGAAAGAGCCGGGGAGAGCGGAGAAGGCGGGUGACAAGAUCGGGGACAAAGGGUUCGCUUCGGCGCGCGCGACUGAGGUGAAGGCGGGUGGAGAUGCUUCUGACGGCCAAGUAUCACUUGCCUCCGUUCAGAUCAGUGAGGAAGAGAACACAGAAGCCACGGAGGGGGAGGAUGAGGCUCAGAAGCAGGUCAUAAACGGGACAAGUCUGUCGCGGGCGGUGAGAGCGGAAGAAGCGAUUGCGGCUGCUGAGGAAGCUGCGGAUAAGGCGGAUGUGUCUCGUGAUCCUGAGAUUGAGGGGCAAGGGUUUGGCGUUAGCAGGAAUGCGGAGGAACCAAAACACGUGGCGGAAGACGCUGGGAGCGGAGAGAAGGCGGACGGAAGAGAGGCUGAACUUAAAGGAACAGAGGAAUGCAAGAACAAGGAAGUGUCAGAAUGGGAAGACGUGCGAAGCAAAGAGGCGCCUGGCAGCCGAGUCGGUGAGGCGGAUAACCCGCCAGCAGAAGGAGGAGCUCCUGUUCAGACCAAUGAGCAGGCGCCAGGUGUCACGGAGGCAGAGCUCAAACCAGGGGAAACGUCGACGGAGUUUGGGGCGCCUGAAACCGGAGCGGGCUCGGGUGAUCAUGGUGACGUGGCAGGGGCAGGUUGGGGCGAGCCGGAGAAAACACCUUCUGACCAGCCUGGUGACCAGUGUUCCGCGGAAGCAGGCAAUCCUGUUGAGCCGGAAAAGCCCGCGGAACCGGAUGCUGGGCAGCGGAACGAGACGGAACCCGCAGUUGUAUACGGAACCGAGGCAGGCGCGGCGACCGGGUGGGGCGAAGUAGCGGUGGAGGUCGCCGGGCAGCGAGAGGCAUCUGUCCCUUCGCCGGUGGAGGAGGCUGGGAGUGGCUGGGAGGGCGCGCGUGGUGUUUCAGAGACAUCUGGCCCGGCGGUGCUGAGGAGCUCAGGACAAAUCUCCACCCGUGUCCGACCGGAGAGACCGCUUGACCAGGACGGUCCGGACACUCAGGCACCCCAGCCCGGUAUUUUUGCGGCUUCUGCCAUGGGUGAAGACGAGUGGACCAUUCCCGUCGAGCCAGAGCCCGUACCCACCCGCUCCUCGUUCCGCAAGCGCCCCUCUGAGUGGAAGGCAGAAGUCGACAGCCAGCCCUUCGAGAAGCCCCUGCCGCUGGCCGACGUCGUAAAGGCCGUCUCCAAGGCCCCGUUCCCGGAGGAGUCCAUCAUCAGCUCAGAGGGCGGCAAUGGCUGGAGCUCGCCAGAGACGUCUCGACUCGACGAAGAACUGGGGAAGGAGGAGAGACCGGCGCGCACAGAAGGCUUCGCCCAAGAUGCAAAAGAGAGACCGGAUCCGAGUCUUUCGGAGUGGCAGAACGGCGGUACCGAUGGAAAGUCUGCAGGCCUCGAGGAAGCUCCCGAAGGUCAAGCUACCGGCUGGAGCGCUUCCCCGGCAUCGCCCCCCUUGCUUCUCAGCUCGGCAACUCCUCCCGGGCUGCAACCACCGGUACCUCCAUCCACCCCUGCCUCCUCCGAGACCAGCCAAGUAGGCGCCCGGGUGGACGGGACCGACCAGCCAACUCUGCCCCCAGUUUCUGUGGCGAAAGAAGCACCGGGAGAGGAGUUCGAGGCCACGGGGUGGGGAGAACCAGUCGGGAGUCCGCAAGCGCCGGUCAGCGAGGCGUCCUUCUCCUCUGCAAAGAGCACGCCUUUCUCGGAUGAGGCCAGACCCGCGGCGGCAUACACCGAGCCGGCAGAGACCGUGGAAGCGUUCGAAGGCCCUCCGCAAGCGGAUGAGGAGGCAGUGGGGUGGGGAGAACCUGCGCCCUCCGCUCGCUCUCGCCCAAUGAUCCCCAUUCCGCAGCCCCUCCCUGCGAAGCCGUUUGACUUGGAGAAGUCCACCGGGCUCCCUCCGCCGACGUUCGCCACCAGCCCUGCUCCCGCAGCGCCAACCGAGGAGAUCACCGCCACCGGGUGGGGCGACGCACCGACAGAAGAAGCGGACUCUGACGGGAGGCCAGCGCCAGAGACAGGCUUUGGAGCGAGCGAGGCGGCUCCGAUGGGUUGGGGGGAAGCCCCAGCGGCGACAGGUUUUGGCGACCAGCAGCCCGUGAGCCCACAGCCUCCGUCGCCCAUGAGGCCCGUCGGGCCUGCCCCCGGAUUUUCGACAAAGCCGGCCCCCCGCACGCCCCCCGGGUUUGCUUCUAAGCCCCAGUUCAGCACGUCGCAGGCCGCGAAGCCGCUCAAAGCGAAGCCGACGCUGGACGAGAUCUACGCCAAGGUGUCGGUCGUGCCGAAGGUCGAGGGCGCGACAGGCUGGAACGCGUCGACGGACGUGCAGGAAGACGAGCCCGCUGAGUAUGAAGCGCCCGGUUGGCCUGCCCCGGGAAGCCAGAACGCUCCAACGUCCCCGGAGGCUGCCCCAGCUCGGUCGGGUGUGGACAACCGGUCGGGGAGCUACCAGCGCGAGACCGGCUGGAGCGCGGCUGGCGACUACCGCUCCGUUCAGGCCUCGGAUGAUGCUCCCCCCCACCACGAAACAGUUGAGAACCGGUCUGUUGGCAGCAUUCCCCGAGCGUACCAGCCCGAGAUGAGACCGGAAAGUCCGCCCCCCCGGUUCGUCCAUCACGACGUGCGUGCCCCGCUCCCUUACAACCCGGUCAUGGAGCAGGCGCGGCCGCGUGCCGCCAGACCCGCGCGCGCGACUCUGCCGGAGCUCCCCGCGGGCUGCAUCCCGGCUGCCCGGUUCUUCCCGUCCCCAGUCGACACCGCGGCCGCCCAGAGCGCGCUGGCGUCAGAGCGCGGAGGCGCCUCGCGCAUGCUGAUGUCAGCGCUCAAGAGCGCGGUGACGAACAAUAGUGCGGGCAGGCAGGGCGGGACGGGUAGAGAGGAGGGCUUCGCCGGGAGGAGCGGAGCGGUCGGAAGCGGAAUCACCGGAAGCGGAAUCACAGGAGGCCCCAGGAAGUAUGCGCCACCCUUGAGUACGGAUUACCAGCGGCCGACGUCGGCGGAGUCCAGCGAGGGGCGGUGGGUGCACGACAAGUUCAUGGAGAUGCAUGGGGAAGAGACCGGCAGAAGGGCCCAGGGGAAAGCACCGGGCGCGUACAUGCCGUUUGGGAAGGCGCCGGCCAGCCAAGCAAGUGGGCCAGCAGACGGGCCGCGCACGAGGGGAACGAAGGACGAGGACCCGAUUGCUGAGAAGUGGGGCGGCUUUGCGGAGAAGCAGGAGACUGGUGGUCAUGACGGGGGCAUCAAGGUCUGGGACUGGGACAGUGACAGCGACGAGAAGCAGAGGGAGGUGCAGCAGGCGGAGGGCGGGGUUCUGGGAGAGAGACCACGAUUUGGUGGUUGCGAGAGACUCAACAUCGAAGGGCUGAAGCCGUACGAGCCAGAAGACGACGACUCCGUGUCCUCCCAGCCCUCCGCUCCCCCGCUUCCCCAGCAGAAGGCCAGAACCACUUCAAACCCUCAGCAGUCGUCCGGAGCAAGCGCACCGCGGCCGCGCUUCGCGCGCGACAAGAAGGUGGACGAAGCGCUCGCGGCCUGGCAGGCGUGGGGGGGAGCCGGCAGCGAGCCCGACCCGUUCGCGGAGGCGGAAGCCAAGUACGGACCGGGACCUCCAGCCAGGCAGCCGAAGCCCGCUCCACCUACCCGGGAGAAGCCAAUCGGGCCGAGACGCGCGACCCCACCCGCAGUAACAGAGCCCCCCCCUCCGACCAAGGCCCCGGUGCGCGCGGUGUACCCCCCCGGGAGCAGCGGCAGCCUCGCCGCGCAGACGCUCAAGCUGCCUGAGAGAUCGCCGUCGUCCUCGGUGGUAAGCCCCGAGCCGCGAUACAAGCGCGACGCGAAAGUGGAAGAGGCGCUGUCCGCGUGGAAGGCUCUGGGAACCGACCCCAACGAACCGGACCCCUUUGAGGAAGCAGCUCGCAAGUACGGAACAGAGCCCGCCCCAAAGCCGAAGCUCAAGCCGAGCAUCGUGCCUGCGCAGCGUCCCGCGCCACCGGCCAGGAUCCCCGCUCCCGCAAAACCUGUCCCUGCGGCGCAACCCCCCCCGGCAAAGAGCACCCCGGUAGCGGCGGCUCCUUCGAAUGGACCUGUGCGAUUUGGACGAGACCCAAAGGUGGACGAAGCGCUGGCGGCGUGGAAGAAUCUAGGCGGUGCUGAUGAGCCAGAUCCGUUUGAGGAGAUAGAGCGGAGGAAUCGAUAUUGA